UUGAUUUUUCGCGUUCUGGGGCUACAGCUCCCUGCUGGGAAGCACGUGGUUUUGCCCGGGCCAAUCAAACGUGCGAAUCCAGUCUGCGCUUUCUUGCUGAGCGCGGAGAGGACAGCACUCGUGUUACCGUCACAUCCACAUUUACCGGGAGUAUCCUACAUUUCUACAAAAAUGUCAGACGAGAAGCCAAAGGAGGGCGUGAAGACUGAAAAUGACCACAUCAACUUGAAAGUGGCGGGUCAGGAUGGAUCUGUGGUCCAGUUCAAAAUUAAAAGGCAUACCCCCCUCAGCAAACUGAUGAAGGCCUACUGCGAAAGACAGGGUUUAUCCAUAAGGCAAAUUAGGUUCAGGUUUGAUGGUCAGCCAAUCAAUGAGACGGACACACCUGCACAGCUGGAAAUGGAAGAUGAGGACACUAUCGAUGUAUUCCAGCAGCAAACGGGAGGAACCUGCUAAAGAUGAAGCACAUGUGGAUGAAGCUUGUUUAUUUGUGCUCAUCUUCACUUCCACUGCAGUUCAGGGCUGAAAUGGAAAAGGUUCUAGAAAUCAAAUCUGUUUAAGUUAAUAGCUCUUUUUUUUU